AUACCCGUGUCUUCCUCCUGAGCCAGCAGCAUGAGCAUGGCAAACGAAACAUACCUCUUCAUAAAAGACAUAAAGCCCGGACUGAAAAAUUUAAAUGUCGUCUUUAUUGUACUGGAGAUCGGGCGAGUCACCAAAACCAAAGAUGGGCACGAGGUGAGGUCCUGCAAAGUGGCCGACAAGACGGGCAGCAUCACCAUCUCCGUCUGGGAUGAACUUGGCAGCCUCAUCCAGCCGGGCGACAUUAUUCGCUUGACCAAAGGGUAUGCGUCUCUGUGGAAAGGAUGUCUUACGCUUUACACUGGAAGGGGAGGCGAGCUUCAAAAAAUCGGGGAGUUCUGCAUGGUGUACUCAGAAGUGCCCAACUUCAGUGAGCCCAACUCGGAUCAUCUUGGGCAGCCCCAUAAAGUGGCACAGGGUGAGCAGAGUAAUAAUUCCCUUCCAUCAAGUAAUUUGGGUACUUGUACAUUUGGGCCAACUGGAAACGGUUUGCCAACAGGACCUGAGCUGAGUGGAUUGUCGAUGGCUUAUAAUCAUGCCCCCUCCUACGCGGGUACUGGGAGGGCCAGUGGACGGGGCGCGGCCCCCCAUUCGGGGCCAUCUAGUAAUGCUCGUCCCCUUCAAAGCACAAUGAGUAAUGGGAGGGACCCUCGCCGAGCCUCGAAAAGAUGACCAAGCCAAAUGCCGCACUGUCCGCCUAAACUCUCUGCCCUACUUGAACACUUUCUGCACUUUUGUUGUUUAUGGCUAACUGUGAAAAAGGUUUGUUCUUCCUUCUCGUCCUCGGCCUUCUGCGGUGUGGAGAGAAGGACCCUUCCUUCCCCCACCCCACCCCCAGCUGAAAAAUCAGUGAAUCUGUCAACAUUGCAGUACUCCAGGAAGAUAGUCUUAAAAUAGGGUGUUGGGGGGUGGGAUCAUAGUUGGAAAUUGGGAUUCCUUGUUGAAUAUUAGAUGUUGAUUUCCAAAACGAAACUGGAGUUUGGUUGGAUGCUUUUUCCCCUCUU